AUCCACGUAUGUCGUUCGAUUUGCGAUUGGUGCAAGUUGGCUAACCAAAUCUUAUUACAACAUUUUUUAAUGUAACAAAAACAAUUAAAAAAGCAUUUUUCAAUGUUGUUUUAUUAAUUAUACUAACCACAUUAUCAACUGCUACUACUUUGGGUUACAAUAAUAGUCAAUAGUAGUAAUUGCUAUCAAUAAUAUUUCAACAAGAAAGUGGAAGAGGAGUGCCAAACUUUUUGAACAAAUAAUUUGACUUUGUGGCCCAAAUAACUAAACAACCAUGUGGAAUUAGUACAAAAGAACACAUUUUUUAAUUGCAUCCUUAAUUACUAUAUUUAUUACUAAGUACCCUCCAUUCCUUGGCUGCAUUCAAGAAAAUUCAGAACAAAGAAAAUGAAACUUGGAAAAUGGGAUAUUAGAAUCAAGUCCCAUUACUUUGCUGGUCUCGUCGUCAUGGUUUUGUUCACAGCUGCUCUGUUUCUAACGGGUCGAAACAACGACGUCGUUUUAGUAGAGGAGAUUGCAAGAAACGUAGAUCGAAAAACAGGGCCUUCGUGUAAUGAUUCUGUUUUUAGGUGCAACUUGUUUUCGGGGAAAUGGGUUUUCGAUGGUGUGUCGAACACUUUAUACGAGGAGAAAAAAUGUUCGUUCAUGACGAAUGAGUUUGCAUGUGAGAAAUAUGGCAGAAAAGAAUUCAAAUAUCAAAAAUGGAGAUGGCAGCCUCAUCAGUGUGAUCUUCCUAGGUUCAAUGGCUCGUCGUUUAUGGAGAAAAUAAGAGGGAAAAGGGUCGUAUUUGUCGGGGAUUCAUUGAUUAGGAAUCAAUGGAUAUCGAUGCUCUGUAUGAUCGAGUCUUCUCUUCAUCCAUCAUCAUCGAAAGCCGUGGUCCAAAUCGACAAUUUGUUCGUCUUUCAGUCAAUCGAAUAUAAUGCCACAAUCGAAUUCUAUUGGUCGCCGUUGCUCGUUGAAUCCAAUUGCGACGAUCCAUAUUCCCAUCGGAUCAAAGAUCGUACGGUUAGAAUCAAAUCAAUCGAAAAACAUGCUAGGCAUUGGACUGAUGCAGAUAUACUCAUCUUUAAUUCCUUUAUGUGGUGGCUUGAACCAAACAUGACUAUCUUAUGGGGUUCGUUUGGGAGCUCCGAUGCAAUCUACAAAAGAGUAGAAACGAACCUACGUCUCUACGAAAUGGCAUUAAACACAUGGUCGGAAUGGUUGGAAAUAAACAUCAAUCGGACCAAGACGAAGUUGUUCUUCAUGAGCCUCUCGCCUUAUCAUUUUCAGGGUGAAAGUUUGAACGAGGGACACUGCUACAACGUAACGGAGCCAAUAAUGAAGGAGGACUAUUGGGGAAUUUCGACGGACAUUGAUAUGAUGCGUACAGCGGAAUCGACUAUACAGAAAUUGGAGAAACGAGGCCUAAAAGCCGAAUAUUUGAACAUAACACAUUUAUCGGAUUAUAGAAGAGAUGCACAUACGUCCAUAUACCGGAAAUUUGGCGAUCUAAGUGACGAUCAAUUAUCGAAUCCGAAAAGCUAUUCGGAUUGUGUUCAUUGGUGUCUUCCUGGAGUUCCUGAUGUUUGGAAUCAGAUAUUUUAUUCUUACAUCAUCAAUUCCUCAUAAAUGUACAAUAUAAUAGAAAAAAUAAUUAUAAAAGAAAAGUUGUUAUAUACUACUAGUUCAAAUUCGAAUUUCCUGAUUUGCACCGAAUAUAGUAUUUGAUUUGAUUAGGGUUUUGUCUCGUGAGAAGGAUACAUAUUCCGCAAUUGGCUGCUGGAUUUUGAUUUUUUCA